UUGUUUCUGCCACGUGACCCUCCCACCCGGAAGAUCAUUCGGAUUUCAUGAAAAGUGAACCACAGAUGUUUUCAAAAAUAUCUUUUAACUAUUUCUAUCAAAAAUGUACUAUUUAUUUAGGGUUAUAUAUCACUUAGUACUAAUCCUAACGAUAUGCAUGCCCAUUUUCGUAAAUCAUGGAUUCGCCGGUAAAAUGAAGAUAGUUGAGGCGCCGAAUACAUUUGGGGUGAACAACAAUUUUCUGGCUCAGGGAAACAGACUGCAACCUAAAGUGAUUGCGUCGCCAGUGUCUGGACCUGCUCACCUUGCUCAUUUGGCUGGAAGGUGUUUUAGUCUUACAGAGUCUGUGUAUAGAUAUGAAUUGUGUCCAUUUCACAACAUCACCCAACAUGAACAGUCAUUCCGGUGGAACGCUUACAGUGGAAUUCUGGGGAUCUGGCAUGAAUGGGAAAUAGCAAACAAUACUUUUACAGGCAUGUGGAUGAGAGAUGGAGACACGUGUGGCACUAGAAAUAGAGAAGCAAAGGUAAUUCUUGCCUGCAGCACCCAAAGUAAACUAGCUCAAGUCUCGGAGCCGAGCACUUGCUUGUACUCGCUUACAUUUGAGACGCCGCUUGUUUGCCACCCACAUUCUCUUUUAGUCUACCCCACGUUAAAUGAGAAACUCCAAAAGGAUUGGGACGAAGCAGAACAGGCUCGCUACGAAGGUCUUAUCACUGAGCAAGGAUAUAAUAAUCUUCUCAAGGAUGUCUUCGAAGAUGCCGGCUUCCUGAAGAGUCAAAAAGUGAAUGAGAAACUGUCCAAAGUUGCAUUGGAAGCACACGAUUCUUUACAGAAAUGUAAUGAGGACGUCCAAAAACAGCACGAAGAGAUUACGAGAUUACAAGCACUGCUCACACUUCAUAAUAUUCCUUUUGAUACAAAACCAGAUACGACAAAAGGUGCCAGAACAGCAACGGGGGUGCAACAUUUACGCGGGGACGUCGGGCUUUUUGAGGUGGUCGAUCAGAACUGAAAGGACUUUUUUUUUUGUUUUGUGUGUACAAAUUGUGUGGACAAUGAAAUGGAAUUCAUGAAAAAUAAUUAAAAAAAAAAAAUUCUAAUACGGAAGCGUAUUGAAUUCACAUGAAAAAUUUUUAAAAUGGGGGCUGUUUUUUUUAAUCAAAUUUUUUUUCAACUCUCCGUUUUUCUGACAAAUUUAUUUUUGGGGCUGUUUUUUGAAAAAAUUUUUCAACCCUCCGUUUUUUUGAGUAAUUUAUUUUUGAGGUCGUUUUUUGAAUUAAUUUUUUUCCCCAACUUUGUUUUUCUGAGUAAUUUAUUUUUGGAUUUGUUUUCUGAAUUAAUUUUUUUUCCCCAACUUUGUUUUUCAAAAUAAUUUAUUUUGGGGGUUGUUUUUUAAAUUAAUUUGUUUUUUUUCCAACGUUGUUUUUCAAAAUAAUUUAUUUUUGGGUUUGUUUUUUGAAUUAAUUUUUUUUCUUGGUAGCCAUUAGCAUUAGCCAAGCUCAGGAAAAAAUAUUUAUUCGAAAAACGGCCAUUUGAAGGUCUCGCGAGAUGUGUCUUCCAGAAUUGAACUUGCAGGAUAGAGUUCGCGCAAGACUUCCAAGUGCUUGAAUUUUGAAUAAAUAUUUUUUUCCUUGGGAGGAAAAAAAA